GCUAUUUGUCUGUGUGUUUUCCUCUGCACUUUCUCUCUCUAGACUAAAUUCACACCGACCGUUUUCAAGAGAGAUAGAAGAAAGAAAGAUGAAGCGCACCCCCCCACCUUCUCUCUCCCUCUCUUUCUCCAUGUUCCUAAUGGCCCAGCUGGACCAAAUUGAUGGAGAAAAAAAGGGGAAACCUUCGGAGAGAGGUCGGGGUUUCAAACCAAACUAAGGGGAGAGGAUUUACUAGACUGCCCCUCUGCAACCCCCCAGAAAUCUCCUCCUCACAAAUCCAAGAGGAAGACCCAGUUUUUAUCUGCGCCUUAUUUUUGGGGUUGUCCUGGUCAGAGCUUCAGUGCGGGGGCAGUCACCCCUCCAACAAGAAAACCAAAUAUGCCACCAACAGUAACAUCUCCAUUCUCCACCACCAUCAUCGUCUUUCUCUCUCCCACUUUAGUUGUCUUUCUUUCUGACCCAUUGGUGGUUUUGGCUAACCAUGAUUCCACAUGACUCUCUCUCUCUCUCCCUCUCUCGGAGUAAUAACGUCCAGUAAGAGAGAAAAGAGAGGGGGUGGGGUGGGGGAGAGAGUGGGUUUUCCGAGUUAUGGGUUAGGUGUCACGAUCUGGUUUUCCUAUUAAGAUUGAAAUUUUGCUAUUCUGAAACCUGCCUUUUCCUUCCUCUCCAACCCAACUGUGGCUUCUUUUUUUUUCCCAUUUCCUCCACAUCAGAGAGAGAGAGAGAGAAGACCAAUGGCGUCCCUGUCUGAUGCUAAGAAAUUGAUGUUUAAGCACCAAAGCUUGAAGCAGGAUUUCGAUGACCUGUUCAGACAAACACAGGCUUUGAGGGCCAAGUUACACGAAGCCAAGGAAAAGCGUUUGAGACUUGUAGCAGAAGUUAGAUUCUUAUGGCGAAAACACAAGCUCUUGUCCAGCAAUUCUUCACAGACGACCCAAAAUGUCAACCAAGUUGAGAGCUUAGAAGCUGGAAGUGGGUCUGGGCGACGGAGAAGGAGUUACAAAGAGGAAGAAGUUGCCGCUUCACGAAGUCAUCCUCUUCUUGACUUGAAUCAGGCUUCUGAACAGGGAGUAGAAGAGGAAGGCGAACCUCAGGUUCCAUGGGAACCUUUGAACAAGAAGUCAAAAGCAGGCGUCUUCAUGGCCGAUCAGUUGGCAAAUGAUUUGAAGCUAUCUAUUUGCAGAGGAAUUGUUAGUGGAAUAGGUAAUGGAAAUGAAGGUACAGAGAGAACGGGGAAGAGGAAAAUCUCAUGGCAGGAUCAGGUAGCUCUUAGAGUAUGAGGUUUUUUCCACCAUCUGGGAGACCUGUAUCAUCUUGUUGUGGAUGACUGAAAUGCACAAACUCAUUUUCUAUUGAAAUGCUGCCUGGAAGAAAUUCUUCCACGGCCGAGGGGACUGGUGGAGUCCUUUCCAACGCCAACUUCAAUAUUUUGGUUGUCUGCUCAGCUAUGCUGGGAAUCGAAAAUUUUCACGUCUUUUCGUGGGCAAGCAAGGAGCUAACUUGUGGGCUGUAUACGGAACACUAGAUAGCGUUCCUUGGCUAUGGCUUCCAACAUCACCCAUCGGCCCUUCAUAUUAGUACAGGUGUUUUCCCUUGUCCUCUUCUUUGAAGAUGGUGUUUGAGAUCUCUGUGUGUACGUGUCCUGGGUAUCGCAGGUCCAUGCUUUUGUGAACAUGUAUCCUACACGUAUCCUUCAGCAUGUGUACGUGUAUGUGUGUUUGUGCUUAUUUUGUGUGUGGGUAAGCUAAUAAAUGCAGCCAUAACGUUGAUCAA